AUGAGCGACCAGGGCCAGAGCGCCUUGGAGAGCGCCCUCAUAGGGUGCUUCGGCGGCCUCUUCGCCACCUUCUGCGUCUACCCGCUGGACCUCGCAAAGUCCAAGGUGUCCGCGCACAUCAGGCGCAAGGACGAUAAGGGGCCCAAGGUGACCUCGAUCGAGGUCCUCAAGAAGAUCCUCGCGGAGAAAGGAGCCGCGGGGCUUUACGAGGGCAUGGGCGGCAGAGCGCUGCAGUGCUUCGUCGAGGACUUCGUAUUCUUCUGGUGGUACUCCUCCCUCAAGACGUACGCGCAGAACCGCGUGACGCGCAAGGAGGGACGCGCUCGCCCGCUGACCAUCACGGAGGGCAUGGUCACCGGCGCCAUCGCCGGCGUCAUCAACAACGCGUGCACCAUCCCGUUCGACGUCGUCGCGACCAAUCACCAAAUCUCCGGCCUCGACCGUAACAAGAAGAACGGGGGGGGCAAGGGUAACGCGGGUAACAAGAAGGAGUCCACGAUCCAGGGCCUCGUGGCCACCGCGAGGGAGGUGUACGCCAAGGGCGGCGCGCCCGCGUUCUGGGCGGGACUCGGACCGUCCUGUUUGCUCGUCGUGAACCCCGCCAUCAACUUCGCCGCCUUCGACAGGCUGAAGCUGCUGUACAACCGGGGCUUCAAGGGCGGGAAGGGCAGGAAGCUCACCGCGAACGAGGCGGCGAACAUGAGCCUCGGGCCCCUCGAGGCGUUCUUCAUCGGCGCCGCGUCCAAGGCGAUCGCCACGUCGAUAACCUUUCCCCUCAUCCGCGCCAAGGUGCUCAUGAUGUCGGCCGAUAAAGAAAACAACGCGAAGAAGGGCAACAAGAAGGACGACGGUCGCAAGUCCCCGGGCAGGACCGAUCGUCGCGGUCGAUCGCCCUCGCCGGGCAAGGACCUCCCAUCAUCCAAACCCGACUCGGAGUUGCAUCGGCGAAUAGGCGCGCUCACGGAGAAGGUGAGAGCUCGCCUGGAGUUCGUCGAAGUGCUCAACGACGCCAUCAAAGCCGAGGGAAUCGGCGGGUUGUACAAGGGCCUGGGGGUGCAGCUGAGCAGGAGCGCGGUCGCGGCGGCGAUCAUGUUCAUGACGCGCGAGCAGCUAGACGCGCUCACCGCGGGUACGCUCCGUCGUAUCAAGCAGUCCGUCAAGGCGUGA